AAAACUUGUAUAAUAUAAUAAACAAAAAUGGUUGAGAAAUGAAGUGAGAUAUAUUAUUAUAGCAUCACUUGUAAUUGUAAAUGGCAUCGAACUCAAUUCACAUGUUGUACGUUUCUUCCUUCAGUCUGUGUUUCCUGAAUUCAUCUCCCUUUCAACUUUCAAAGCUCUCACAACAAUUUAAACCUCUGAAUUCCAUUCCUCUCAGUGGAAGAAAACAACACUGCAACAUUGUUCGAUUUCCCAGAGAAAGAAUAAGGACCAGAGCAACCAUUGAUGAUGUUGAAACAGACCAACUUUCCUCAACACCUAUUGUUGAGAAUGAGAAAGCCAUAAAGGAUGUAGAGGAUAGUGUGAAAGUGUUAAAAGAUGCAGCUAAGACAAGAAAGGUUGCAGCAGAGGAGGUUCUUUCUGCACUGUCUAUCAUUGAGAAAGCAAAAAUUGAUCCUUCUGUUUUUUUUGAAACCCUUGGUGGCAAUAAAUCUCCUGGGAGGACCUGGAUGCUGAUUUUUACUGCCGAGAAAAAAUUGAAAGGUGGUCGGUAUUUUCCUCUCACAGCAGUUCAGAGGUUUGAUGCCACUGCAAAGAGGAUCGAAAAUGGAGUAUAUCUUGGACCCAUUGGACAGUUAACAUUUGAAGGCAGACUUUCAUGGAAAAAGAGAAUACUGGCUUUUGUUUUUGAGAACAUACGAGUAAAAGUUGGACCUUUUCAGCCUCUACAGAUCAGUCUAGGAAAAAAGGAAGAUAGGGAACCGGACACCAAGGAUCCUUUCUUCAUCUGGUUUUAUGUUGAUGAGGAAAUUGCGGUUGCUCGAGGCCGGAGUGGAGGAACUGCAUUCUGGUGCCGGUGUCGUCGUGUCAAUAACUGAUUCUAACUUUCUUUCUUUUGAACUCUCUUUUCAAAUUCUGAAUUUGGAUGGAAAGAUUCAUGUAUAUAUAUAUAUAUAUAAUGUGUAUAUAUAUAUAUGUAAGCAUUUAACUUCAGUUGGAGGUAAACAUAAUUGUUCUUGUAUAUUGUAUAGUUGUAUUGAAGUUUGUGUGUUUCAUGAUAUUACUGAUGUUGGGGCAUUUGUGAAGAAAGCAUUAUUCAACAACUAAAGGAAGAAAAAGGGAAGAUUCACCAACA